GGUCAACAAUCUAUCUAUUGAUAUCAUAAUUGUGCGAAACUUAUCAAUACACAUACUCCCUACAUUUAACAUAAGGGUUGAUGACUUAAUUCUCUUUGUUUCAAAGAGUAUGACGGUCUUUCGUAUAAUUAGAUGAAGAUGAGAUUUCUUCGUGUAUUUAUUUUUGAAUGAAAACCGUUUUAACAAUAACACACGUGACAUGAACUUUUGUGUUUUAUAAAUUUGUUAAGCUUAUUCUUAGUGGAUCAUUAGAAUAAAUACAUUCGGUCAUUGUUCAAGGUAAAUUGUACACUCAUCCACGUUGCUGUUACUUACCUAACUUUGAAUGAAAGUUAUGUGUUGCUCUCCUACUCACUUAAGUCUAACGGAUAACACAAUUCCGGACGACAAAAUCCUAAUUUCAGCAAACUACAAAAUCUCGUGGCACAAAUAUCAUAUUUGAAAAGUUCGCGGUGCAAAGACAAAAUUUUGACGAAGUUGAGUCCUUGUUGUGAUAUUAACCAUUUUGUUAAACAAAACGAAAAUGAAAAAAGGACCGUUCUGGCGCCAAAAUCAAAGACUCAAAAUCCGUACGUUAGAUUUUGAAAAGGGAUAUUCUGUCAUAAAUUAAGAAAAAAAAAAAAAAAAGAAUCAUAGGGAUCUUCCCUCCUUCCCCAACCCAAAAACUGCGAACAAAAAUUCGCUGCCCAGUAAUCAGCCAGCCGCCAAACUCAACUGCGCCUCUGUAACGCUCCCUCUACCUUUUCCCCCCCUGAAAUUCUAGGGUUUCGUAUUCCAUUUUGUUUCUGUCACUCCCAAUUUUUCUCACUUCCAACUCUCCUUCCGACAAUGGCGACGUCGCCCACUCUCGUCUCUCCCUCCCGGACCACUUGCGCCUCUCUCCUCCGCCAAUUGCAGGUAAUAUGGGAUGAAAUUGGGGAGGAGGAUGGGGAUAUGGACAGGAUGCUUCAGCAACUUGAACAAGAGUGCCUUGAUAUCUACCGUAGAAAGGUCGACUCCAGCAGAAAGCACAAAGCUGAGUUGGUUCAGUCAUUGGCCGACGGAGAAACUGAAAUUGCAAACCUUGUUUCUGCUCUCGGGGAAACUGCCUCAUUUCCUCAGAGGGUUAAUGGCUCUUUGAAGCAACAAUUAUCGGCCCUCAAACCUGCUUUGCAAGACUUGAGACAGAGGAAAAAAGAACGAAUGAGUGAGUUUCAUGACACUCAGUUGAAGAUUGCUCAAAUCUGUGCUGAAAUAGCAGGAAAUGAUCUCAGCACUGUCGAUCCAACAAUUGAUGAAUGUGAUUUGACUGUGAAGAGGUUGGACGAGCUCAAGUCACACCUCAAGGAACUUCAAACUGAAAAGAAUCUACGUCUGCAUAAGGUUAGCAGCUCUCUCGGCAAAAUUCAUGAGCUGUCAGUUGUAAUGUCAAUUGAUUUCUCCAGUACUGUUGCUGAUAUCCAUCCCAGCUUAUGUGACCAUACUCAUUCAAAGAGCAUAAGCAAUGACACACUAGCUCGAUUAACUAGUGUGAUACAAUCAUUAAGGCAAGAGAAGCUGGACAGGCUAUGUAAGCUCCAAGAUCUUGGGAAGACACUAAUGGGGCUAUGGGAUCUCAUGGAUACAAAUGUAGAGGAACAAGGAAAAUUUGAUCAUGUUACUUCAUUGGUUUCUUCCUCACUGGACGAGGCAUCAAGAAAAGGCUGCCUUGCACUUGAGGUCAUUGAGAAGACUGAGGUUGAAGUUGAGAGAUUGAAUGCUCUCAAAGCCAGCAAGAUGAAAGAGUUGGUAUUGAAGAGACAAAAUGAGCUGGAAGCAAUAUACAGAGAUGUUCAUAUGGAUAUAGAUACUGAUGCAGCACGGCAGACUCUUAUCAAUCUAAUUGAAUCUGGAAACGUUGAGCUCACCGAUCUACUUUCCAGUAUGGACAAUAAGAUAGCAAAUGCCAAAGAGCUAGCACUGAGCCGGAAGGAGGUUUUGGACAAGGUAGAGAAAUGGAAACAUGCAUAUGAGGAAGAAAAGUGGCUUGAAGACUAUGAAAAGGAUGAAAAUAGGUACAGUGCAGGAAGAGGUGCGCAUAAAAAUUUGAAACGAGCAGAGAAGGCAAGAAUUCUGGUCAGCAAAAUACCAUCUAUGGUUGAGAAUUUGACUUCAAAAGUGAAAGCGUGGGAAUUGGAGCGAGACAUGGCUUUCCAGUACAAUAAGGCUCCCCUAUUAAGCAUGUUGGAGGAAUAUACUGCAAUGAGGCACGAAAGGGAAGACGAGAGGCGACGUACAAAGGAGCACAGGCGUCUACAAGAGCAAAUGGCAGCUGAGCAAGAGGCAAUUUAUGGGUCGCGGCCCAAGAAACCACUGGGCCAAAGCACCACCAACAACACCAUGAUUGGGACACCCAUCGGACGCCGUGGCGCCACCCCAUUGGGCCAUCACCACGCACCUUCAGCCGGAAAGGAGCGCAGAGAGAGCCGGUACCAUAACGUGGCGCCUAUAAACUAUGUGGCUCUUCCAAAGGACGACCACUCCGUCUCUCGUGGUGCAUAGCCAAAUCCGGGCUAGGGUAAAAAACCUGUAAAUGUCCGAUCAUGGUUGAAAUCUCGAGACUUUUCAUAUACAAAUACAACAACGACCUUGCCUUGAGAUCUCAUCUCACUAGAGCAAGACGGGAUUAUUCUGAUGCGCUAAUUACGUAGAAGAUUUCUCUUUGUAGGUUCUUUAAAGGAUGAUAUCAUAUUUCAAAUUAGGUUUUUGUCGCUUGGUGAGAUAUACCAUAUGACUAAUGCAACAUAUUCCAUUGAAUGAGACAAAUACUAAGAUGAUUGACUUUUUGAAAAGUUCUUGUGUAGCAUCUUUUUCGUUUCCUUAUAGCAAGAAUGUGAUUUAGAGAAAUAGUUGGGUGAAUGCAGAUCAAAAGAUGCACCACGAGUUUAGAUGGUGAAGAUUAAAAUUUGUCAUAUGUCAGACCCAUGAACUCAAUUAACCAUUUGUCUUUUAACCUACUAUUUAAUAUUUAUCAUUGUUUGAUGCUGGCGUAAAAGCAUAUAUUAAUUGUAAUCCAACACAUUAAGCAAUAAGCAACCAAGAGGGGGAGAUUGGAAUGGGUAGCAAAUCAUAUAAUUGUUUAAGAAAAGAUGAUUUGUUCCUUUUUUGAAUCUUGGAUAAGUUUUUGGAAUCCUCAAGGAAUCAAGCUCCAGACAGACAUAGGAAGGAUGAUAAUGGCAUGGGUUUUGUGACAUCAAAUAUAUAUGCAAUGCAAAGGACGAUUAGAAGCUUCUAUCAUCAUGAAUUUUAAAAUUUACGGUUCGUUUUAAUUUAAUGACAUAAACAUAGUGGCAACUCAUUUGAUCGGAAACAUGCAUAUAAACUGUUGUUUAAUCAACAAUGACUAUUAGGGUCAACAAGAUAAUUCAUUUUUUAACCCAUAAAUUCAUUUUUUCAUCCGGCCUCUGUUGGCAAAUUGGCUCGGGUGCUUCUGUUAGGAUCAUUGAAGAUACUUAGUUGCCUACCUCCCCUCCGUCCCGACCAACCCUUCUGCCUGGAGCGUCCUUACCUAGGCCACAUGUUUCUUCCUUAAUUGACCAUGGAUCCGACGCUUAGAAGGUAUCUCUCUUAGUCUCUCUAUUUGAUGAGGAUUCCGUCAAGAUUAUUAGAUCUAUUCCUCUGCCCAUUUUCCCCGUUUCUGACUGUUUAGUAUGACAUUAUGAGAAAUCGGGUGAGUAUUCGGUUAAGUCGGGUUAUAGAGUAGCCUCGGAUGAUUUUAUUAAUAAUCCCUCAACCAUUCCCCCUAUAUUUGAUGUGCCUGCUUGGAAAAAGUUAUGAUCCCUCAAUGUCCCCCCUAAGCUUCGUUUCUUCCUCUAGCGUGUCAUCAAAGGUUAUCUUCCUUUACAAGACGUUCUCAGAGAAAAGGAACUAAUUGAUGAUGAGGAUUUGGAGGGUGUGAAGUGCCCGGUUUGUUCGGAGGGUUCCUAGACCAUGAUCCACUUGUUUAUGCAUUACAGGGUGGCUGUGGAAUAAUGGAACCUUGUUGAUCUUAACCAUUUACGACUACAGGUUUGCCAUAUGCAUGUCUCUGUUAGUUGGCGAUGGUUUCUUUUUCAUGCAGGUCUUCUCGAGGAGGUUCUUAGGCGACUUGUAUAUGGAUUUCGUUUGGAAGGCUAGGUGCUCCACCACGUACAAUGGCCUUCAGUUCCUCCCAUCUACCAUGGCGUGACAAUUCCAUUCUCAAGUUGAAGAAUGUUCUUCUACUCAAGCUGCUUUGGCUGCCUCAAGUAGUCGUCGUUCACAUCACUCAGUCCCUCUUGGAGUUCGCAAUCCUCCUCCUCCUACUCCUCCUCCAAUUCCACAAGGUUCUAUCCUAGUUCACUUUGAUGGAGCAACAAAAUCAACGGUUGGGGGAGGAGUGGGAUUUGUUGGUUUUGUAGGGCCAGAUGACAUUCACUUCGCGUUUGGGAAGUUUUAUGAUUAUUUGGAUGAUGCUUUCAUCAUUUAGCUCAUGGCACUAAGAGAUGCACUUUAGAGGUGUCUCUCGCAUUCAAUUUCUAAUGUCUUAUUCUGUGGUAAUGCGCAUGUGAUCGUUCAAAUGGUAAACCGCAAGGACUCGUCCCACGCACAAGCUGGUAGCCUUCUAUAUGAAGUUAAGGUUCUUCGUGCCUCCCUACAGAGGCCAUCGUUCCAUUUUGCCACGUGUAAGUAUAAUAGGGCUGCCCCAUCUCGUGGCAAAACAAGCCCUCUCAUCGUUGGAUCGUCGGUUGGUCAACCAACGGCUCUUUCUUAAUUAUAACUUGUAAUUUUGACCUGCAAAGGUCCUCUUAUUUUGUCGUAUCUGCUGUAAUCCCUCUCGGGAUAUCUUUGGCAAAAAAAAAAAAUCAACAAACAAAUAACAAUAAUUUCAAGUGCACAAUGACCCAAAUUCAUCACCAAUUCCUCCUUAUGUAAAUAAAAAAGUUUGUUAAAAACCUUCAAUUUUCAAACCAAAAAAUACUAAGAGGCGUUUGCUUGUAGAAUUUUGAAAAAUGAGGGAUUUAGGUAAGAUCCUAGAUUUUGGGAUUGAAGGAUUAUGUUGAAUUUUGCUAUAUUAGAUUUGUAUUGAAUUUUAUAAAUUGCUUGUUUGCUUGUUGGAUUUUAAAAUGGAUUUAUCUCUCAUAAAUUUAUUGGUUAAAGGAGGAAUUUACCUUCCUAUCCUUAAUAAAGUUUUAUUGUAUUGUACAUAUUUAUUUGCUUGAAGAAAGAAUUUACACCACACUACCACAUGUGAUUAGAACUCUUCUCUAUCUUUAAAAAACCAACAUAAGCCUUCGCAUAUGCAACUAUUGCCCUCAUUUUGUAUGACAAAACAAAAAUAAUUAGUAGGUAUAAUUAAUCCAAUGAAAUAUAUUGAAGAGU